AUGGCGAACCUUCACUUCACGGCGUCCAGCGCGCCGCUGAAGAGUAUCCAAGAGAUCCAGUUUGGUCUGCUGGAUCCCGCGGAGAUCCAAGAGAUGAGUGUCGCUCACAUCAUCUACCCGGAGACCAUGGACGAGGCAAAGCAGCGUCCCCGUGAAGGUGGUUUGAACGACCCCAAGCUUGGCUCCAUCGACCGUGCGUAUUCAUGCGCCACCUGCGGUGAAAACAUGCAGGAGUGUCCGGGUCACUUCGGACACAUUGAGCUGCACACGCCCGUCUUCCACGUUGGCUUUAUCAACAAGAUCAAGAAGCUGCUUGAGUGCGUGUGCCACAACUGUGGCAAGAUCUUAGCAGAUGAAUCUGAGCAACACUUCAAAGACGCCUUGCGGUUACGAGACCCGAAGAAGCGCUUCGAAGCGAUAUGGAAGGUCUGCAAGCCUAAGAACGUCUGUCAGAUGGACCAGCCGUCGGACGACUACGACGGUGCUCAGAAGAACAAGAAACCCCAAAUCCAGCACGGCGGAUGCGGAAACAGGCAGCCUGAAAUCCGCAAAGACGGCUUGAAGUUGAUGGGAACUUGGAAGCCCCAGAAGGGCGAAGAUGAAGAGGAGGCUCGCCAGCCGGAGAAGCGCGUCAUCAAGCCCCAGGAUGUGCUGAACAUCUUCAAGCUGAUCAGCGAUGAGGCUCUUCUUACUCUUGGCCUGAACGUCAACUUCGCCAGGCCCGAGUGGAUGGUCCUUACCAUGUUGCCUGUUCCUCCUCCGCCGGUUAGACCUUCUAUCUCCGUAGAUGGAACUGGACAGGGCAUGCGUGGAGAGGAUGAUUUGACCUACAAGCUUGCUGAUAUCAUCCGCGCCAACGGUAGCAUCAAGCGCUGCCAUUCGGAAGGUGCUGCGCAGCACGUCAUUGACGACUUCGAAGUCCUUCUCCAAUGGCACGUAGCAACCUACAUGGAUAACGAUCUUGCUGGUCAGCCACAGGCGCAACAGAAGUCCGGCAGAGCAUUGAAGACCAUUCGUGGUCGUCUAAAGGGUAAGGAUGGUCGUCUCCGUGGUAACUUGAUGGGCAAGCGUGUGGACUUCUCCGCACGUACCGUCAUCACUGGUGAUCCCAAUCUGGAUCUGGACGAAGUCGGUGUUCCGCGGUCCAUUGCUAGGACUCUGACGUAUCCUGAGACUGUUACGCCGUACAACAUUGCGAAGCUUCACGAAUUGGUCAAGAACGGCCCGAACGAGCAUCCUGGUGCGAAGUACAUCAUCCGCGACGACGGCACGCGCAUCGACCUUCGUCAUCACAAGCGUGCCGGAGAAAUCCAGCUCGCAUAUGGCUGGAAGGUCGAGCGUCACGUCGUAUCUGGAGAUUUCAUCAUCUUCAAUCGUCAGCCCUCUCUGCAUAAGGAGUCUAUGAUGGGUCACCGCGUCCGUGUCAUGCCCUACUCGACUUUCCGGUUGAACUUGUCGGUUACCUCUCCGUACAACGCCGAUUUCGACGGUGACGAGAUGAACUUGCACGUUCCUCAGACCGAAGAGACUCGUGCAGAAGUCAUGCAGCUUUGCAUGGUGCCUCUAAAUAUCGUUUCACCUCAGCGUAACGGUCCGCUCAUGGGUAUCGUGCAGGACACCCUCUGCGGUAUCUACAAGAUGUGCAACCGUGAUAUCUUCCUCACCAAAGAGCAAGUUAUGAACAUCCUUCUCUGGGUACCAGACUGGGACGGUGUGAUUCCUCAGCCCGCGAUUCUGAAGCCGCGUCCCCGGUGGACUGGAAAGCAGCUUAUCAGUCUUGCCAUUCCGGACAUCAACCUGAUCAAGCCCGGCAAGACGCACGCACCAAUUGAUGACAGCGGAGUUGUUAUCAUUGGCGGUGAGCUCAUGUACGGACUCUUCAACAAGAAGAUUGUUGGUGCCAGCAGUGGUGGUAUCAUCCACACUGUCUACAACGAGAAGGGCUGGGAAGCCACCGUGGGUUUCUUCAACGGUGCCCAGCGUAUUGUCAACUAUUGGCUCUUGCACACCGGUUUCUCGAUCGGUAUUGGCGAUACCAUUCCUGACGCCAUCACCACGACGAAGAUUGAAGCAGCCAUAGAUGAGCAGAAGGAGGAAGUCGCUAAAAUCACGGAGGAGGCAACACAGGACAAACUUGACCCGCUUCCCGGUAUGACCAAGAGAGAAACAUUCGAGAGUAAGGUUUCGGUCUGUUUGAACAAGGCUCGUGACAACGCAGGUGCUGUCACCGAAAAGAGUGUGGCAAAGUGCAACAACGCCAUUGCCAUGGCUGCUUCCGGUUCGAAGGGUUCGACAAUCAACAUUUCCCAGAUGACGGCGCUUGUCGGUCAGCAAUCAGUCGAGGGCAAGCGUAUUCCCUUCGGCUUCAAGUAUCGGACUCUGCCGCACUUCACGAAGGACGACUACUCCCCCGCGGCUAGAGGCUUCGUUCAGAACUCGUACCUCCGUGGUCUCACCCCCUCUGAGUUCUUCUUCCACGCCAUGGCUGGUCGCGAAGGUCUUAUCGAUACCGCUGUCAAGACUGCCGAGACUGGUUACAUCCAGCGUCGUUUGGUGAAGGCCCUUGAGGAUGUCAUGGCCAAGUACGAUGGAACCGUGCGCAACUCCCUCGGUGAUGUUGUUCAGUUCGUCUACGGUGAAGAUGGUCUCGAUGGAUGUUACAUCGAGAAGCAGGGUUGCGAUUUCGUCAACUGCUCCGAUGCGCAAUUCAAGCGCAAGUUCUACGUCAACGUCAUGGACCCGUCGACUUCGCUCUCAAGCGAUAUUCUGGAGCAGGCUGAUGCCAUUUCCGGUGAUAUUGAGGUGCAACGCCUGUUUGACGAGGAAUUCGCUCAGCUCGAGGAAGACAGGAGGUACGUCCGCAACAUCACCAAUGAUGCGGACGACCAGCGCCAGCUUCCGCUCAACAUCCAGCGUAUCAUUGAAACGGCGAAGAGCAAGUUCCGUAUCAAGGAUGGUUCUCGAAGCGACCUCCACCCUGCCGAAGUCAUUCCCAAGGUUAAGGAAGUCCUUGACAGGCUGGUCGUCGUCCGUGGAGAUGAUCCGUUGUCGCGCGAGGCUCAGGAGAACGCGACGUUCCUUUUCAAGUCGCAGCUGCGUUCAAGGCUGUCGUUCAAGCGUCUUGUUCGGGAAUACUCACUGAACAAGCUUGCAUUCGAGAACGUUCUCGGUGAUCUCGAGAACCGCUUCAACAGAGCCAUCGUCAGUCCUGGAGAAAUGGUCGGUGUCCUUGCCGCACAGUCGAUUGGUGAGCCUGCUACGCAGAUGACUCUGAACACCUUCCAUUUUGCUGGUGUCUCAUCGAAGAACGUUACACUCGGUGUCCCCCGUCUAAAGGAAAUUCUGAACGUCGCCAAGAACAUCAAGACUCCUUCCAUGAAGGUGUACACGACAACCUCCUUGGAAACUUCAGACGAGGUGAAGAGGCACGAAGCCAAGCUGCUCCGUAGUCGUAUCGAGCACACGACACUACGCUCUGUUACCGAGUGUGUCGAGCUCUACUAUGAUCCUGACAUCCAGUCGACUGUGAUCGAGGCUGAUUCUGACUUGGUCGAGUCGUACUUCAUCAUUCCCGAUGACACGCAGGAAGAUAUCGACUCACAGUCCAAGUGGCUCAUGCGUAUCGUGCUCAACCGUGGCAAACUUCUCGACAAGGGCCUGACGGUGCCUCAAGUCGCUAGCAGGAUCAAGGAGGAAUACCACAAGAACCUGGCUGUCAUCUUCAGUGACAACAAUGCCGAGGAACUCGUCAUCCGUAUCCGCUUGAUCAAGCAUGAUGUCAACAAGGAGGAAGAGGGCGAAGAGAACGACGAGAAGCUGCUUGGCAUGCUUGAGGAGAGACUGCUUGACGACUUGACGCUUCGUGGCGUUCCAGGCGUCGAGCGUGCCUUCAUCAACAGCGGCCAGAAGCAGGUCGUCAGGGAUGAUGGCACCCUGUACAUGGCGAAGACCAACGACUGCACAGAAUGGUUCCUCGAUACCACCGGUACCGCUCUGUCUCGUGUCCUUACGGUUGACGGCGUCGACGCCAGCCGUACCUAUUCCAACAAUUUCUUCGAGAUUAUCCAGGUCUUCGGAAUUGAGGCGACGCGUACAGCUCUUCUUAAGGAAUUCACGCAGGUGUUGGCGUUCGACGGUUCAUACGUCAACCAUCGUCACUUGGCGCUUCUGGUCGACGUCAUGACAGCUCGUGGUUUGAUCAUGGCUGUUACCCGUCACGGUAUCAACCGUGCCGACACUGGUGCUCUCAUGCGCUGCUCUUUCGAAGAGACGGUCGAAAUUCUGCUGGAUGCUGCCGCGUGUGGUGAACUCGACGACUGCCGUGGUGUCUCGGAGAACAUUAUGUUGGGUCAACUGGCGCCCGCCGGUACAGGCGAGAUGGAUAUCAUGGUUGACAAGAACAUGCUCAACACGUGUGCGUCGGACAAUGCUCGCUACGGGCUCAUGCCUGGUCUGGCCGCUGCUCCUGGCUACAUCGCCGAUGGUGCUGCUACGCCUUACGAUAUCGGCUCUCCAACACACGAGGGCGCGUUCGCUGGUCCGGACUAUGGCGCAUCGUUCUCGCCGAUGGUGCAGGCUGGUGGCGACGAAAGCGGUGGCCUUACUUCGUAUGGCUCGUUCAGCGAUGGCGGCAUGAGCCCCUACGCUCGCAGCCCUGGAUAUGCGCCCACCAGCCCCUUCAGCGGCCAGAGCCCUACCUCUCCGGGUUACUCGCCAACUUCGCCCGGUUACUCUCCCACCUCGCCAGGCCUCAACCUUACGAGCCCGCGGUUUGGCGGCACGUCGCCUGCUUUUUCGCCUACCAGCCCAGGCUAUUCACCCACUUCGCCUGGCUACUCGCCAACAUCGCCGGCAUUCAACAGCUUGUCGCCCACAUCUCCCAACUACUCUCCGACGUCGCCAUCUUAUUCUCCUACGUCGCCGUCGUCACCGACUUCCCCGGCGUACUCGCCGACAUCGCCCAGUUACAGCCCGACGUCGCCGGCGCACGCAACGUCACCAAAGUACAGCCCGACGUCUCCGGCUUACAGCCCCACGUCGCCGAUGUACUCGCCGACCAGCCCGCAGUUUGGUGCAGGCAGCGACCGACGAUCGCCGACGUCGCCUGCGAUGGGCUACUCUCCCACGAGCCCGGUGUACAGCCCAACCAGCCCUGCUGGGGACCAGUACUCACCAACGUCACCGAGGUUCUCUCCUACUUCUCCGGGUGCGGGGCAGUACUCGGCCACUUCGCCGAAGUAUUCGCCCACGUCCCCGAAGUACUCUCCUACUUCGCCGCGGCAGGACUAA